AUGGGAGGAGGGGUGGAGAUGGAAGUAGGUUGCAGUAGCAGCGGAAGCAACGGCGAGAAGGUCGUCAGUGGGAGGAACUGGGAGUGGGUGGGAAAUUUCAAGAGGGAUCUUCUGGCGGGGGCGGUCAUGGGAGGGGUGGUGCACACCGUCGUGGCGCCCAUCGAGAGGGCGAAGCUGCUGCUCCAGACGCAGGAGAGCAACGCCGCCAUCGUCGGGAUCGGUGGGCGGUCCAGGAAGCGGCGGUUCCGGGGGAUGGUCGACUGCCUUGCGCGGACGGUGAAGGAAGAAGGCGCGCUCGCCCUCUGGCGCGGCAACGGAACCGGCGUCAUCCGCUACUACCCCUCAGUGGCCCUCAACUUCUCCUUCAAGGUACCCUCCUUUCUCACCCCACCCCCCCCCCAAAUAUUCAUUGCUGCCUUCUCAAUCGUCGAUCUUCUUCGCAUUGUGUGGUGUACAUUGCGUACUGUUCGUCGUAGGGUAAGUCCUACAUUCGACCUAAGCUUUUUCCUUCUCUGGCAUUCUCCUCCAUCUCUGUGGACCCGAGUUAGGGCGUGAUCGAUGUUUUGAAGAGUGAUCUAGAUUCGCGCAGCUUUUCUCAAUUGGGUACAACUUCAUUUUUGGGGAUAAUUUAAAAUUCCGGGUCGAUUUAUCCUACGAUCAGUGAACAAAUGUAAGCCAAAAUAAUCUGGUUAUCUGAGGCUGAUUCCAUCGACAUCCUCGAAUCAAAAUAAUCUCGAAAUGACGGAUACAGAAAAACACAUUAUCUUAGGCUUUUUCCUGGAUUAUUCCCAUGUACACUCUGGUCCAUCCUCCACCCCCCCUUUCCCCAAGCAUUAGUCCCAGGCCGCCCUAAUCUUGAUUUGAUUUCCAGGCAAUUGUGCAUGAUCAGCAUCCUGACUCAAAGAAGUAAGAAUCCUGUGAAACCCAAAUCAUUAGUUGGCGUGGCCACAGGCUCCUUUGUUUUCCUAUAAUUACAUCAUCUCCCACCAUCUCCUUUCUUGAAAAAGAGGUCUUCUAUCGCUGAUGUAUGGAUGCAAAUGGCGUGAUGCUGAGAAGACAGACCUAUUUCUGGCAUGACCCAUUUCUUGGAUGUGGUGCAAAUAUGGUGAUUUUGUAGUAGAUUGAUUGAUCAUGCAACUCGCUUGACCUAUUUCUGGCAACUCGCUUUACUCUACCAUUGGUUUUUUUUUUUUGACAUCUAUGCAUUUCUUCGAAGAUGCGGGGAGUUAGAACAAGGAACAAAGGGAUAUAAAACAAUUUGGUCCAUUAUUUAUUUAUUUAGUUAUUUUUUUCAACGUAUAUUGUCAUGGGGCAUAUACCAUGUUCUGAACUUGGUCUUCACAUAGUCGUGACCCAGGUACUCUGAUCAUUCUUUAUCUUAUAAAAGAUUUAGUUCUAGAGUUGAAUCAUUUUUCUGAGUCAAGGUUUUGUCUGGCUGGCGUCCCUGGCUUGAGUUGACUUUUUUGAACCGACCCAGAUCUUAUGCUCUAUGGGCCGCAUAUCCCACGUGGGGGAUGGACCUUAUCGCCCAUCUGAUCAGUUCUUCUAUUUCAUGGGUAUUAAUUACAGUCUGAUACGAGAUGCACUAGCUCUUGAUCCGAAUCCAAUUCUGCAAGUCAACUUUUGCUCUCAUCCUUCCAAUCUAAUCGAGUGAAGAUUACGUUACGCAGGAUCUUUACAGGACGAUGCUGAGGAGCACGGCCCCAGUCUGGUCCCAAGACGACAGCAGCCUGAUCUCGGGCGCAGCCUCCAAUUUUGCUGCCGGGGCUGCUGCCGGCUGCACAACGCUGAUCAUCAUCUACCCACUCGACAUCGCCCACACCCGCCUGGCGGCCGACGUCGGCACUGCCAACUCCCGGCAAUUCCGCGGCAUCUACCACUUCCUCUGCACCAUCCACGAGAAGGAAGGGAUCAGGGGCAUCUACCGGGGCCUGCCGGCAUCCCUCCAGGGGAUGAUCGUCCACCGGGGGCUCUACUUUGGCGGCUUUGACACGGCCAAGGAGCUCCUGGCACCGCCCGGGUCGCCACCAGAGGCGCCGCUAUGGCAGCGCUGGGCAGCGGCACAAGUCGUCACCAGUGCUGCCGGCAUGAUCUCCUACCCGCUGGACACCGUUCGCCGGCGAAUGAUGAUGCAAUCCGGCAUGGACGAUCGCAUGUACCACAGCACAGCCGACUGCUGGAGGAAGAUCUACAGGGCGGAGGGGGUCGCCUCCUUCUACCGAGGGGCGGUGUCCCACCUCUUCAGGAGCACUGGGGCGGCCGCCAUCCUCGUCUUGUACGACGAAGUCAAGAAGUUCAUGGAGUGGGGUGGCAUCUGA